UCAGAGAAGAGCAGAGAGCAAGGUUCCACAUUCAAGCUAUGCAGAGUAGGUUGAGAGAUCAUUUCUUUAAUAGAAGAAGAAAGCAAAGAAAACAAAGAGAGAGAGCAUUUGUUGAGAAUGGAGGCAAGUUACUUGAGAAGCUGAUUGUCUGUUGCAAUGGAAAGCCUAUUCCCAUCCGUACCUUCUCCGCUCAACAGCUCCGCCAAGCGACCAACAACUAUUCUGAACAUCUGGGAAAGUAUUGGUACAAGGGUUCUUUUGAAGGACGAAGUAUUCUCACUAGACAUUCUUCAGACUAUUUAGCCAUCAAUGAUUUAAUGAUUUCUGCACAAAUGAGUGCUCACAGCAAUGUAUUAAAGCCCAUAGGGUGUUGUCUUGAGACUCCAUUUCCCAUUUUUGUGUAUGAAUUUGCGGCCAAUGGUUUCCUUGCUGAUCGAAUUUAUGUCUCCCUUGUUACUAAACGACAACAUCAGCCGAUGGUGUGGGAGAGAAGGUUAAAGAUUGCAAGGCAGAUUGCUCAUGCAAUUUCUUAUCUCCAUACUGCCUUCGAAAGACCUGUCAUUUACAUGGCUAUAGAUAUGGAAAAUAUCUUCUUAGAUGAACAUGAUGUUCCCAAAUUGUCCAACUUUUUAGUUUCCGUAUCAAUUCCCGAAGGUGAAACUGAUGUGGAAGUUUAUCACGGCUUUCGGAAUUUAAGGUUCUGCUCCCCUGAGCUUAAAGCAACAGGCAAGGUAAAUGAGAAAUCUGACGUAUAUAGUUUUGGUUGGUUUCUUCUAGAACUUUUAACUGGAGAGGAUUCUUAUAAUAUUACCCGAUUGACAAUUGAUGAAGAUUCUACCUUAGUAGCAUACACACAUGACCGUGCUCAAAGUAGUUCCAUAAACGAGAUUGUGGAUCCUACAAUCUUGGCAGAAGACGGGGAAGGAGGUGCUACUUUAGAGCAGCAAUUGCAAGCUUUCCUGGAUCUUGCCUCAUCAUGUACAGAGGAAGACCCACAAAGAAGGCCAACUAUGGUGGAUGUCACCAAACAACUCAGGCGAAUUGAGAGGUUCAUUCCAUGACUACUUGUUUACUUAUUUGAGUUCAUCCGAUCAUCUGUUAUAGAUAAACAGAUUUGCAUUAUUGCAUAUCCAAAUGUUUUAGGUACAACAACAAACAAAAUUUACUUCAUUUUCAAACAAAUGACCAUGGAUAGAAUUUAGAAUAGUUAAAAAAGCUUAUUUGAUGAAGAGCCAUUUAAUGCUAUUAUCAAAUCCUCUCGCUACUAAAAAGCAGUCCUAAUAAACUAUAAGAUCAGCUAUUGGUAUUUCUCAAUCACACAGACUGGGUGAAGAGCAUUUGGGAAAUUUGCAGAAUUUAAAACUUCAUGAGAGUUUUGAAGAGCAUCCUUCUGCAUCAUUCAAGAGGAAUGUUUCUAAUGAUGAAAGCCAAGCAGUAAAGGAAGUCUCUGAAAGGCCUCUUGAAGCUUAAUAGUGAUGCAACUGAAUGAUGACAAAGCUUGUAUAGCUUUUCAAUCCGUGAUUGGGAAGGUAAUAUAAAAGUUAGGUGGGUUACCAAUAGCAGUAGUAGCUCAGGCCAACUUUUUGGGCAUUUAGAUUUCUAAAGAGAUGAAAUUGUAUUGAUGCAUAUGUAUAUUGUAUUGAUGCUAUAAGAACUGGAGAAU